AAUAUUUGCUUAUCUUUUCGAUUGACAAUGCUGUCAAGCCUUAAUAGUGCUUGUCUACUUUCAGCAUAAGAGAUCUCGCCUAGUCCAUGUUGCGCACAGCCUGAGUUCUGAGCCUUUCCGGUGCACAGUUUGCGGAGAGAGCAAUGCAACAGGGGCAGUGAGUUCGCUCCGGCAGCAUCUAGGUUAAGAGCGCAGCCAUGAGUUACUCGUACUUGCCUGGAGCGGGCGCCGAUGCUUACCGUCCUGCGCGCCGCACACAAGCCUCGAAUAUCCUAAGACAGCUACAGGACACGUUACCAGCGAAGGCCACCCAGUGGGCCAGUUCAGCGUUGCAUUCAAGCUCGGCUGGAUUACAUAAAUUACGCAAUGGGGGGGAAUUGAAGUCUUUGGUUUGGAAGACCGUACGGCGUGCAUUUACGAUAACAAAUGGGUUGAUUAUUCUGUGGAUUUUCACGCUGUGGUGGGGAGAACGGGGGGUCUUUCAGGAGAGUCUAGAGUCAUGCGCUUGGGACGCGUGGGAGAAAUGGCCUCAGGAUGCUCGACCGCAUCAUGUCGCCUUCAUCGCUGACCCUCAGCUCGUGGAUCCUCAUACCUACCCUGGCCGGCCGUGGCCACUCUCGACGUUGACGGUCAAAUUCACGGAUCAGUAUCUGAGAAGAUCUUUUUCGUCUAUCCAGAGCAAUCUUGACCCGGAUUCAGUCCUAUUUUUGGGCGAUCUUUUCGACGGUGGAAGGGAGUGGGGAACAGCGUCCAGCGAAAGCCCCGAGGAGCGCUAUAGGAAAUAUACAGAUUCUUUCUGGAAGCAGGAGUUCCACCGGUUUUCGAAUAUUUUCGCAGAUACGUGGAAUAAGCAGGAAUCGCAUUCAACGAGCCCUCACGGCCGUGUCAUGAUCGCCAGCUUGCCAGGGAAUCAUGAUCUAGGUUUCGGAUCAGGGGUUCAACUACCGGUUCGAGAUCGUUUUCAGAAUUUCUUUGGCAAGGGGAACCGCGUCGAUGUUAUUGGGAACCACACCAUUGUCUCUGUUGACACCGUAUCGCUCAGCGCGAUGGAUCAACCAGAUCCCCACACGGGCAGCACCGGUGCUGGAAACGGAGACGGGGAGCGACCGAACCAGCGGAUUUGGCAGGAGGCGGAGGAGUUCUUGAAUAAUAUGAACGCGCAUCGUGGACGCGCAGAGAUGGACGAGCUCCGAUUUCUAGGGAGCGAAGUCCCUUCGCGCCUUUUCCAGCACGCGAUCAAGGGGAUUGACGACCCGGCGAUUGCCCAGAACCCCCAGCCAGAAAUGGUCGGAUUCCCAACCGUUCUUUUGACUCAUGUCCCGCUAUAUCGAAAGUCAGCCACCCCCUGUGGACCACUUCGAGAGCGCUGGCCCCCGUCAGCAGAGGGCUUAGAAGAGGAUGAUCGGAAUGCUCUCAGCAUUAGCGGCGGGUAUCAGUAUCAAAAUGUGCUGACCAAAACCAUUUCAAACGAUGUGGUGUCUAAAGUCGGGCCGAACCUCAUCCAGGUUUACUCUGGGGAUGACCAUGAUUACUGCGAAAUCACUCAUCGUGAGUUUAGCGGUUCUCCUAAAGAGAUCACUGUUAAGAGUCUGUCUUGGGCGAUGGGUGUCCGAAAACCGGGCUUUGUAAUGGCAAGCCUCUGGAACCCUAUUGACCCUGCCACCGGACAGCCGCUUGAGGCUUCGACCUCAGGAAGUACGCUCCAAAAUCAUCUAUGUCUUCUUCCCGACCAAUUGUCCAUCUUUAUUCACUACGGUCUGAUUCUAAGCCUCACCUUGGUUGUCCUUUUGGUGCAAGCUGCCUUCGCCGCUUUGUACCCCCCCCGCUCAGACACCCCAGCACCCAUCCUCCCUCUCUCUGAGCAGCGCGGAUACCCCCUGCGAAGCCGAGCAGUCUCUCAUUCGUCAUCAUCUAGCUUGUCUAGCUCCUCGUUUGUGAAGCCUGGUGGUCUAGCCAGCCGUGCUGUGAACAACCCGCGGGCUACCCCGCCUCAGUCAUACCCUGAUACUUACCCAAGUCCAGAUUAUGCGGAGGGGGUGGACCGCUGGAAGUGGAAACCGGGCAGCACGAACCAGCGGCAACCGCGCGGGAGUAGUACGCUUUUCGGGCGCGUGGGAUAUGAGCUCCUAACUUCGGUGAUAAACGUCGCUCCCGUUGUUCUCGCCUGGUAUUUCUUCCUGAUCUGGCGGUGGUGAUUAUCCUGUAAAUAAAACAUGAAUACAUUGCAUGUGUCUAAAUUUUGUGCAUUGCUGAAGGAGUAUGUAUGGGGUUUGGUUUUUGUAUAUGACAUGACAUAGGUGUACGAGUUACUCAAUUACGUAGGAGGCGUUGGAAACAAUGAUGAUUCACUGAAUCUAUUAUACCCUGUACAUCUUUUUUUGUUCCAGUCAAACAUGAAAUAGAAUCAUGGAGCCAAUGGUAGUGUGGAUAGAUAUUACAAUUGGUCUCUUGCGUUUCUCCGACGAAUCUCCACGUUGAAGUUUGAACUACUCCAUAAUCACGAGGCAUAGCAACA